UUACUUCGUGCAGGAGUUUGUAUAAAAACGUGCAUCUACUCACAACAUAUUUCUUUUGAGUUGAACAAAAUUUGAAUUACUAUUGUAACCCUUACUCAUCAAAGUGUAUUUGUCAUGCGAGUUCUUCAUCUGCACUGCUGCCAUAUCAGGCUAUGAGAUUACUUACAAAGAAUGAGGAAUGGCUGCAGCUGAUGAAGAACGGAGAUGGGGAUUGAUUGGUGGAAGUGUAGCCAAGAUACUAACACCUGCUCUCAGAAAUGUGCUUCGAAAUGAAUUAACAGAAUGGUACGAGUCUUUGAUAAUGCCUCCUUGGACAAUCCAUCAGCAAACAUUCACAAAUCAUAUGAAAAGCUUGCCACCAUCUACCAUAAAGUUGAACUAUAGAAAUAUUAACAACAAUGAUUCACGCAAGUCCUCGAACUGUUAUGAUUAUGCGGUUAAAGAUCCUUUGUCCCUGGCAAAACUACUCGUAAGGCCUUUCAUGGCAAAACAUUUCACUGGUUUUGACAACACGAUGGAUCCCUCUGCUGCUUUAUCAGUGAUGAGCGAAGCAGAACCUUUCAUUCGCUCUGGUGCUGCGGUUUUUGCGAGAAAGGUUAGGUGUGAUAUCAGAAAUAAGUGGGCUCAUUGCAAUUUCUCACACUGGACGGAGAUAAAUUUUCAAACUGCUUUAAACGACAUGAUAUCUUUAGUCGAGAAACUAAGCUUAAAUUCAGAGGAAAAAAGAAUUGUUUUGGACGAACUUGAUAAAGGGAAAAGCUACAGCACAAACAUGGAUUGUGAAAUUCUUGAUCUCAUUUGGACAGAAUUGAAAAAAAUUUUCGAAGAUGAAGAUUCGAAGAUUGAUGAGAAAACGCUGUUCUCCUGUCUCCAGUCACUUAAGACUUCCUUGAACGCACAGUGUGGCACCUACGUAUUUCAAGCACCGAAGCAAAACCCCUUAUUUGAAGGACGUCAAUCAGAAUUACAAGAGCUGAAACACCUACUUGGACAAAUUGAUACUAGUAAACCUAAAGUGAACAUUGCAGCUAUCUGUGGAUUGGGUGGAGUGGGAAAAACAAGCUUAGCUACGGAAUACGCCCAUCAAAGGAAAAAUCACUAUUAUACCGGAGGUGUCUUUUGGUUCUCAGGUGAAAACAACACUGCCUUUGAAAAUAGUGUUCACGAUAUUGCUGCUCGUUUUGAGACAAUAUGUGAUAGGUUUGACAUUACUUUAUCCGCCACUUUAACAAAAAUAUCUCAAAUAAGAAAACCUUGGUUAAUUAUUUUGGAUAAUAUGGACGAAGGAGUUAUUUCACGAAAUAUCGAGAAGGUAGCUUCCGGGCAUUGGCAGAAUGACGCGUGCGGUCAUCUUUUAAUCACCACUAGAAGAGAGUCAUCUGAUUUAGUUAGUCAUAUUCGAGAUUUUCACGAAAGAUUUUGUUUGAGUCUUAGAUGUUUUGAAAUGGAUGAGGCGAAAGAAUUUUUAUCUCGCAGAUCUGGCGAAGAAGUUGACAAUGAGGAGGCCGAGAAAUUGAUCGAAAAACUCGGCUGGCUACCUUUGGCACUUGAGCAAGCUGGAGCUUAUAUGAAAUCACUCCCUUGUACAAUACCCAAGUACUCAAAAUUAUAUGAAAAACAUCGACUUCGUGUCUUCAACCGACAAGCGGCACCUGGUGCUUCAGAAUAUGAUUCAACUCAAAGACGUGCGGUUUGCACUACCUGGCAACUUAAUUUUGAAAACAUCAUAAAAAGGGAAGACUUAGGCGUGGCUGCGAAAAGAGUCCUUUAUGCAUCUGCGUUUUUGAAUCCAAAUGAAAUUCAAAAAGACAUCGUCAAUAUCGGUGAACCUCCCAUCGAAGAUGAAGAAUAUACGAAAUAUGUAGAGGAAGAUGAAGGACGUCUGGAAAUCUUGAGAGUGUUGACGCAAUUUUCCCUUUUCAAAGAGAAUAGCCACAGCCUCAGUGUCCACCACUUGGUACAGGAAGCCAUACGGGAGAAUAUAAAACGUCUUCAGGAAGACGAGUCCCAAAGCGUUAUUGAUGCUAUUCGUAUGUUACACCAUGCUUUCCGUAAUUGCGCUUCACCCGACGAGCUUCUUAUUCCUGUUUCUGAAGAAGGAAGGGAACGACCGUCGAUUGUUUCCAGCGUUAAUCCGUCACGUUUUUACCAAUGGCAUAAACUCUGUUCGCAUAGUUACGAGCUGGUAGAGCAUCUAAAGAGUUUAGUAAAGAAACCGGAUGGUGAUAAUAGAAAGAUAUUUCAACCAGAAGCCGCCAGAAUUGUGCAUGAGUGCGCAAUUCAUUUAAGUGUUAACUCCAAACACGACGAAGCGAAGAAAAUGGAGAAUUUUGCUAAGGAAAUUUCUACAAAUUUUCCCUUCCUCCACAUUUUACCUUUGCCCGAGUUGGUCCGAAGACAUAUCCAGUAUUCGUGCGAAAUGCCAGCAACCAGCCAACAAGAUGAAUGCGGAGUCCAACAAAUCACAGCGGAAAAGCUAAGUGAAAUGCAAACGGAAGCAAACGAUUUGUUUGAAAGGGGCUUCUAUGAUGAUGCACUGAAAGUAUACUCCGAUGCCAUUUUUGCAUCCAGGAAUACACCUCUGUUCGAGGUUACGCACGCGUUGUUAAUCAAGCGAGCAUCGUUUUAUCUGAAGCUUCAGAAAUAUCAUCAAGCCGCGCAAGAUGUCGAAGAAUGUAUAUUACAUCGUCCAAAAUGUUCAGAAGGAUAUGCGAAGAGAACAUUGGCGCUGAUUCAAUUAAACGACAUAGAGAAUGAUUUUAAACCCAAUUUGAAAGGACGAAAUUCUUCUCCGAAGGAAAUGCGUCUGGUCGUGCGUUGUUCCAACAUAUUAGAAUUUUCAGCGGCCCUCAAGAAAGUCAAAGAGUUGGCAAUGGGAAGCACAGUCACUGACCAACCCAACAAUUUACCAGUAAUCGUACUAGAGCCUGGUAAUUAUGAAAUUUCCGCGAAAACCAUUGACCCCUCCCUUUUCUGUGAUAAAAGCAAAGAACUCAGCAUUGGAAGGUGCAUCCUAACUGGAGAAGGAGAGGAUUGUUCAGUAACUUCUGAUGAUAGCGUUAACUUUAGAUUCGGUAAUGAUCUUUUAGCUUGCAAUAUCAACUUUCGUUGUGCUGAAUGUUCUGUUCCUGAUACAGCUGUAGUCAAGUUCUGGCAUUGUUCUUUUCAAGGCUCAGGAUUGAAGGUUGAGGGCAAACUGCAAGUUGAAUCAUGUAAAUUCUUUAACUCCGCAAAUAGCGGGUUGCUGGUUCUCGGUGAUGUAAAAGUUAAAAAUUCGAAAUUUUACAAAAAUGGAAAGGAUGGGAUUCAAGUGGGAGAUGGUGGAAGUUUAUCUGUACAAGGAUCUAAAUUGCUCGCCAAUGAGCAAGGAUUACUUAUUGGCCCAGAAGCGAAGAAAUGCGUUGUCGAAGGCUCGGAGAUUUAUGAUAACAAGUCGCAUGGGGUUGUUGUCAAUAACAUUGCUUCUGAUAUUACAAUAAAAAGAAACAAUAUCUAUGACAAUGAGGGACUUGGCAUUAUUGUGAAAGAAAGUUCAAAUGUAUCUAUAUUGGAGAACGAGAUUUCAGGUAACAGCAAAUGUGGCAUUUGCGUACGUGAUAACAGCGAGGCUAUAUUUUUAAGGAAGAAUGAAAUCCAUCGUAACCAAUGCGGGGGAAUUUGUUUGGAUGUUAAAGAUGUUGUUGUUGAAGAGAACCACAUUUCAAAAAACUUAGGAGAUGCAAUUUGCAAAGGAGAAUUACAGCCUGAACAGAGAGGAAAUAACAUACAUGAUAACAACGCAAGGGGAAAUCAAUUCACAGGGGAAAGUGAAAUUAAAUUGUGCUGCUAUUGCAAGAAAACUGGAGUUGAUUUGGAGAAGUGCGAAGAAUGUUUUACAGCACAGUACUGUGGGAAAGAUUGCAAGAAUAAUGAUUGGGGAGACCACAUGCAGAUUUGCGAUCGGUUGCUAUCUGAGUCAAGCAUGGUUCUAAAUUAUACACCAGAUGGAGAAUGUUCACAUUCACAAUUAUAUUCAGAGGAUUUUUUACAGCCAAAUACGAGCAGAUUUAUUGUAAAAAUUUCUUUACAACGAGAUCAGUCUGUGGUUCGACUAUACGAUUCUGCUAAGACACUGAAUGGAUUUCUAACUGGUGCUGAUCAAGUUUCGAAUGUAGUUCGGCAGUAUGGUACAGUAGGUCAGGCCUCCCACACCUUGAAAGAAUUAUUUAUGUGGGUUAAACGCCACACAGAUGGGACAGUUCGCGUUUUUACUAACGUGUUUCCGCCCUCGCAGAGCUGGUAAAUAUCCAUGUUGACCUAUACAGGUAUAGAAUUGUAGUAUAUCUGAAUAAUGUUAUAGAUUAAUAUUUAUUAUUACCUUACCUUUUGCGGAUAUAAAUUCUUCCAGCGUAGACGCGUAUACUACUCGAAACACUGAAAUCUACGAUCCUUCAUUUUCUGAAUAGCACAAGAGUAAUUAAACAUUUGAAACAAACACUCUGAACACAAAUUUACCUAGUCAGUAGUCAAUAACAGUGGCGUAGCCAGCCCGACAAUUUAGUCAUGCUAUGCUAAUAUUUUGGUGUCCAUUGACU